UUCAGAUGGAAUUGAAGAGUCAAUAGAAUGUUACCUAAGACUACCGAAGGAAUUAUUUCCUACCGCAAGAAUGUUUACCAUAGAUCCGAAUCAAAUCAUAGAUGUGUUCUGUGAUCAGAAAGAUAUAAGCGACCAUACGCCUUGGUUACUAGAUUUGGAGUUUGGAUUGCCUAGAGCAGCUGUCACCAGACAUAUUCCUAUUUAUGAUGUCCAGUUCAACAGUGUCCAUUGUAAGAACACACCAAGUGCGAUACAUCCAGGCUUCGAGAGAUGCAGUAAAGGUUUCAAAAGAGAGCUGCUAUUUUACUACGACUGUAUCGUCUCCACUUGGUACAAAGGUUAUGUCGCAAUGAAGAAUGACACGUCCGUGAAAAAUUUCCAGACAUGGUUACUAAAGGCGAUGCAAGUAUUUGGAAUGUGUUGGCCAUAACACGCAUGCAUGGUCAACACUUGUAAAUAUGCAA